AGCAACAUUAAGAACCAAACGUCAAUGUACAGCCGUCUCCUAAGCCACGAUCGCGAUUAUUUUUUUUCUAAAAAAUCGAGACCGAGUGGAAACCUAAAUCUCUUUCUGCGGAAAAACUAGCACUCAGCAGUUGGCAGCCCAGUGCCCACUGCCCAAGAAAUGUAAAUUUUGUAACUGCUCUGUUUAAUCAAAAAUUUAACUAUAACCAUGCCGCCGAAGAAACAGCCUGCUCCUGGGGCCAGCAAAAAGACCGAGCAGAAGAAAAAGGAGAAAGUUAUUGAGGACAAGACAUUUGGCUUAAAGAACAAGAAGGGCGCAAAACAGCAGAAGUUCAUCCAGCAAGUAGAGAAGCAAGUGAAGAGCGGUGGCAUCCACCCCGCCAAGCCUAUAGAUGACAAAAAGAAGGAAAAAGAACAGAAGUUGAAGGAGUUGGCCCUGCUGUUCAAACCUGUUCAGACACAAAAAGUUGAGAAAGGUAUUGACCCCAAGUCGGUUGUGUGUGCUUUCUUCAAACAAGGGCAAUGUACAAAAGGUGACAAGUGCAAGUUCUCUCACGACUUGACUAUUGAAAGAAAGGCUGAAAAGAGAUCUCUAUAUGUGGACAUGAGGGACGAUGAUGACACCAUGGACAACUGGGAUGAGGACAAACUGAAAGAGGUGGUGGAGAAGAAACACGGAGAGGGCAACAAGCAGCGACCUCCCACUGACAUUAUAUGCAAACAUUUUCUGGAAGCUGUUGAAAAGUCCAAAUAUGGUUGGUUUUGGGAGUGUCCAUCGGGUGGGAAAUGUAUCUACAGACACGCUCUGCCGGCCGGCUUCGUCCUCAAACGCGACAAAAAGAAGAUGGAGGACAAAAAGAACGAGAUAUCUCUUGUUGAUCUCAUUGAGAGGGAGAGAGCUGCGUUAGGGGCCAACCAGACAAAGAUCACGUUGGAAACCUUUUUGGCAUGGAAGAAGAAAAAGAUUAAAGAGAAACAGGAAGCCCUCCUCCAAGCAGAGGAACAAAAACGUACAGACUUCAAAGCUGGCCGAGCGGUCGGUCUGUCCGGACGAGAGAUGUUCUCCUUCGACCCGGCGCUGGCUGAAGACGACGACGAUGAUGAUGAGGCCUUCGACCUUCGCAACUACGACCAAGAGGAGGAGGAACAGGAUAUUACGGAGUAUAGGAAUAUUGAGCUGGACCUUAUUGGCAUGGAAGCUUCUGAGGUGGAUGACUCAGGCACAAAAGCAACAGACGACAGACUCCACCAGAUCAACCAUGUUAUGGAGAACGGAGACAAAGCUCCAGAUGAGGACAAGGAGACCUCCCACGACGGGGCAGUCCCCAUCAACGAAAACCUAUUCCUUGAUGAAGACCUAGAUGAGGAGUUACAGAACCUUGAUUUGGAGGAUUAGGAUUUAGGAAUGAAUAAAAAAAUUUAAUUCGAAGGGUGCCUGUCUAAUAAAGUUUGAUAGAGCGGAUAUGUGUUCAGCAGACUGAUCAAAUUAUUGAUAUAUUUCAUCAUCUUUAUUUAACCCCUUCAGCUAAAAUGCCCGCGACAUCGUCUGUGUAGUACGUUUUUGAAAAUCUCAUAAAAAAAAAUCUGGGAUAAAUAGUAUAGCAGGUCACUCUUCAGGUCUUUACCUAUAUCCACGCGUAAAAUCACAUCAAUCCGCUGCUCUGUUAGUGCGUGAUUGAAGGACCAACCAUUCCUACAUCUUGUGCUCUUUAAAAUUUUAUAUAAAAGUAGGUAGAUGACCUGAAAAAUUAUCACGUCACCUAUGAAUAAUCUGAUUUGUCAAACGCUUCCGCUCCACUUAAGUGGACAUGCACCGUAAGGGCGGCAGUGCAUUAAUCCGAUCCGAAUUCGGGAAAACGUUUGUGAAAUCUGUUAAACAAGUAACUAAUACUUAAUUUUUAAAAAAAAAAUACCUGACUGCUCUCUCCUAUUGGAAUUAAAAAAAAAAAUAUAGCCUUUCCCUCGGGAUGGUGUGGUGGAUCCUA